CUCGCUGCUCUGGGAGGUUAGAGAUCCUUCAUAAUCAGAUGUGGAUGUCGGUGUGUGAUGCUGUCUUUGACCAGCAGGAUGCAGAGGUUGUGUGUAGAGAGCUGGACUGUGGGGCUCCUGUACAGGUGCUGGGAGCAGCUGCUUUUGACAAAGGAGACGCUCAGAUGUGGACACAAGAGAUCCAGUGUAGAGGAGAUGAAUCUCAGAUUCACCUCUGUCCAACAUCACUGCCACAAAAAUACUGGUCACAUGACAAUGAUGUUGGACUGGUGUGUGGAGACCGUGUGAAUGUGAGGUUGGUUGGUGGUCACAGUCGCUGUGCUGGUCGAGUGGAGGUUCUUCACAGAGGUCAGUGGGGAACAGUGUGUGAUGCUGGUUGGGAUAUGACUGAAGCUGCAGUGGUGUGUAGAGAGCUGGACUGUGGAGAACCUGUAGAUGCUCUGGGUGAUGCUCAUUUUGGGCCAGGAUAUGGACCAAUCUGGAAAAAUCGUAUGAUAUGCACUGGAUCAGAGACUACACUGAAGAACUGUGGGUCAGUUCAGUUGUAUGAUUAUGACUGUAAUCAUGAUAAAGAUGCUGGAGUCAUCUGCUCAGGUGAGCAGUUCUAAAAUUUAACCAAAUAAACCACUG